AUGCUGCUGCAGGAGGCGACGGUGCUGCCGCUGCUGCGCCCUGACCUGUUUGGCGGCGUGCGGGAGCCGCCGCGCGGCGUGCUGCUGUACGGGCCGCCGGGCACGGGCAAGACGAUGCUGGCGCGCGCUGUCGCGGCGGAGAGCGGCGCGGCCUUCCUCCCCGUGACGGGCUCCUCCAUCCUGUCAAAAUGGUACGGCGAGAGCGAGGCCAACGUGCGGCGCCUGUUUGAGGACGCGCGGCGCCUCGCGCCGGCCGUCAUUUUUAUCGACGAGGUCGACUCGCUGCUCGGCCGCCGCGCGGGCUCCGGCGGCGACGGACCUGGCGGCGCCAGCGAGGCCAGCAGGAGGGUCACGAACGAGUUCCUCUCGUACAUCAAUGGGAUACACACGGCCGCCGCCGCCGGCGACGGCAACGGCAACGGUGCGGCCGGCGGCGGCUCGGACGCGGCUGCUGGUGGUGGCGGCAACGGCGGCGGGGCGGGCGCGGCGGCGGCGGCGGCGGCGGCUGCGGCGGCGGCGGCGCGCGUGGUUGUGAUUGCUGCGACCAACGCGCCGUGGGAGCUCGACGAGGCAGCGCUGAGCCGCUUCUCCGCGCGCGUGCUGGUCCCGCUCCCCGACCCGCGCGCGCGCGUGGACAUCGCGCGCGGCGCGAUGGCGGGCGUCGCGUGCGAUAUGGGGGACGCGGACUGGCGGGCCGUGGCUGCGGGGACGGAGGGGUACAGCGGGCGCGACCUGAUGCAGGUCUGCCGCGAGGCGUCGAUGCGGCCGCUGCGGGAGCUAUGGGGCAAUCGCGUGCUCGAGGGCGGCGCGCCGCGGCACGCGCAGCGGCACCGGCAGCUGGUGUCGGCGGUCGCGGCCGCGCUGCGGCGCGGCGUGCCGCGGCGGCGGAUGCGGAAGGAGCUGGAGAAGUGGAAGCGGGCGGAGGGGGCGGCGGCGUGGUGCGACGUGGAGGGCGUGAUCUGCGAGGCGGAGGCCCAGGUUGCGGGCGUCGGCGCGGCCGGCGGCAAAGCGAGCCCCAAGCCCAGCGGCGGCGAGCAGCAGCAGCAGCAGCAGCAGCAGGGAGAGCUCGAGCAGCAGCAGCACGCCCAGGGCCAGGAGGGCCAGAAGGCCGAGGAUGAGCAGCAGCAGCAGCAGCAGCAGCAGCAGCAGGAGGGGGCGGCCGCCGGCAGCAGCGGCUCAGCGGCCGAAGGAGACGCCACCGGCUCGCCCUCGCCUAGCCAAGAACAGUCCCCAGAAAAGCCGCGUCAGCAGCAGAAGCAACAGCAGCAGGAGGCCGGUGUGCCAUGCGCGUCGCCAAGCAACAGCCGGCGCGCCAGCAAGGUUGGCGCUGCUCCUGCAGACGCCUGCGGCGGCGGGGCCAAGGACGAUGACAAGGGGAGUGGCGGCAGCGGCAGCAGCGGCGCCAAGGACACCUGGACUGUCGACGAGCUGCUGUCCCUGCCAGCGGACUCCAUGCGCCCCGUGGUCCUCGCGGACUUUGAGGCGGCGCUGCAGUCCGUGGCCUCGACGGACUUUGGGCUCAAUGCGAAGUUCGAGGAGUGGAGCUCGAAGUAUGGGUCGGGCGCGGGCACCAAGCGGCGGGAGGACGGGUGGCGGUCCAUGCCGAUGUACCUCUGA